CUCAAAAAUAAAUCCGGGGAAAAUCUGCGCCCGUACUUUCUUCAGCCUGUGAAGCACUCUCGCUAUUUGCCAUUCGCACGUUAAUCACGACAGACGCAAUUUCACGACGCGGUUUUAAGUUUUGCACGAGUUGUGAAUCUCAAGUCUCAAGAUUGGACCAGACGCGGUGAUCGCUGACCCGUGAUUUUGAUCGUUGGCGACAAAUUUCCUCGCUUCGGUGAACGUGUGCGCUCAAGAUCAACCCAAUUAAUCACGGAUUCAGGGAUUUGUGGAUCAAAUUUCGGUGGCUAUCAUAGUGCGUGCUCAAACGUCUAACCAAGAAGACGACGACUAGUGGUGAUCAGUAUAGUGUGAUGUGAGAGAUCAGUGAAAGUGAUCCGAUUCAGGAAGCCAAACUGUGACCAUCGAAUACAGAAAAUUGUGUCAGUGCACAUUGGAUGAGUGGGCAAAUUUGAAGAUCAUCCGUGGAUGCAAAACGGUAGUGUAGUGAAUAUCCACCGAUAGAUGUGAGCAGCCAACAGUUGUGUUCAGCAAAAGACAAUAAAAGUCGACAAAAUUUACGACACCUCCGAAUGGUCAACAACGGCCAGCAGAAGAAAGGAAAAUUGUUCAAAAUGAGAAAAUAGGACUUCAGUGGCGACGAAGAUUUCUUCUGGUCUGCCCUGGGCGGAACACGAUCGGCGUUUGGUGUUGAAAAGUGAAAAGUGACCUUAGAUGUUUUAGCUCUUCGCUUGGUUUGUGUGUGGCAGCUGGGGAAGAGAAUUUCAAGUGCCGUGACGUGAGGUCACAGAGAGAAGAAAGAACGCGUCCGGAGCUAAACAGAGAGCAGAGUAAACAAUCCCGGAAGGUUCAAGAUGUUCAAAGUCGACGAAAACUAUCCCACCCAAGAACUGGAGCCGGCGUUUCCCUACCGGCAGGUGCAGCUAAAGGAGAAUGUCGAUCCCCGGCAAACGUUCGACAUUCUACCGGAACUGGGCCGGGGUACCUUCGGGACGGUGUUCCUGUGCCGGGAGAAAGCCUCCGGGCUGGAGCUGGCGGCCAAAAUAGUGUCCUGCGACAAGAAGAAGGAGCGCACCGACGCCAUUCGGGAGAUCGACAUCAUGAGCUGCCUGCACCAUCCCCGGUUGAUCCAGCUGUUCGAUGCGUUUGACUACGAGAAUAAAGUCUAUGUGAUACUAGAACUAGUCCAAGGUGGUGAGCUGUUUGAGCGUGUGAUAGAUGACGACUUUGUGCUAACAGAAAAAGCGUGCGCCGUUUUUAUGAGACAAAUCUGCGAAGGCAUGGAAUACAUCCACAGCCGGAGUAUAAUUCAUCUGGACAUGAAGCCAGAAAACAUUCUGUGUCUUACAAAGACUGGCAAUCGGAUAAAGAUCAUCGACUUUGGAUUCGCCAGACGCUACGAUCCCCAUAAAAAGCUUCACGUCAUGUUCGGUACGCCAGAGUUCACCGCCCCAGAGGUUCUCAACUACGAUGAAAUCUACUUCUACACGGACAUGUGGAGCUUGGGCGUUAUCUGUUACGUUCUACUGUCCGGUCUGUCGCCGUUCGUUGGGGACAACGACAUGGCCACCAUGAACAACGUCGUCACCGGAAGCUACUCGUUCAAGUACAGUUCCUUCGAUGCCGUGUCGGAGGACGCGAUGGACUUUGUGCGCCAGCUGCUGGUCCGGGACGGGUCCAAGCGGCUCACGGCCAAGCAGGCCCUCUGCCACAAGUGGCUCGCCGAAACGGCGCCCCAGAACACGACCGAGUUAUCUAUAACAAAAACAAAAUUGAAACGUUAUGUUAUUAAGAAACGGUGGAUCAAGGCGGUCAAUACGAUCAUCGCGCUGCGGCGGAUGGGCGCCCGGAUCGACUUCGAUCUGAUCUGACCGUGAAUGGGAUGGUUGAGGAGGAAGUCGCCGUCCAACGAUUCGUUGGGCGACGGCGGGUGAAAGACCAGAACGGGUUAAUUCAAUAGGAAUGAUAUGAUAAUUUUUAUGUUUCUUUGUGUUUAGGAAGAUGUGAGCAAAUUCUUACCAAUUGUUUUAAGUGUUAGUAAGUAUAUAGGUAGUUCUAAUCGAUUUCGUAAAUUGAGCAAUAUAACGACUCAUGUUUUAAAUGUUCAUGGAACCGUAUCAAACUCCGUCGUGAAGAUAAUUUUGAGUUUCAAAAUUCAAAAUGCAAA